AUGGUCGAGAGGGGACGGCCUGCUCCGAGCCCUUUUGCGGCUUCGGGGCAGGCUCGAAUCGCGUUGGCAGGGAAGCGGCAUGGGGCGGUGGGAGGACCGGGUGUUGUCGAGCGGGCGUUGCGCAAGACGUCGAGGAGGCCGCCUCGUCGGGACCAGGCUUGCUGGGCGGGCCACCGGGACCUGUUUUCCCAUUCGGCGGCGACCUCUUCGACGGACGGCGACGACGCCACCCUCGACCACGCCUCGAUCCUCUUGCCACCCCUCCGGACUCGGUCACGGAUCAGUCCACCCUCCUUCGCUGCCGGACACGACCCUCGAUCCAAGCCGAAACGCCCCUCGCCUCGAACCCGGCUCGCGCCAGCGCUCCCCCGUCCGCCCCCGUUUCCGGCUGCGACCCUUCUUCACUCUUCGACGACGACGACGACGAAAGCAAGCUCUCUCUCGCCACGCAUAUGCACCUCGCUCGCACCGCCCCCUCUCUCCCUGCUCUUUCACCCAAGACCAGCGCGCAUGUACACCAUAUCGAACCUUCACCCCCCUUCCGGGCCCGGCUCGGUCAAGACUCGACGACUCCAUUCCCCCAUCCUCACCCCCUCGCUCCUGCGCGCAGAGAGGGAGGAGUCGAGCCUACCACCGUCUUGGCCGAGACCGUCGUCCUCAACCUACACCUCCUCCCCAUCCCGACCCGCCCGUCCAAACCCAAAAAUGACAACCAAUUAA